AUGUUGGUCAUUUCUGAAGCCAGUAUUUCCCAUUUCCGCCAUCCAUCUUUACGCAGGCGCAAAUUCGACAUCACAAUCGCCCCUGUGUUAAUCCCUUUCAACUCACCCGUGAUUGUCCAAUCACAGAAGGUAUUUUUUCACUUCACGAUCUUUUUCCUUUCUUUUGUACUUUUCUCUUCUUUCCUUUUUGAUCUUCUUUUUCCUGUCUGCAAAUGUUUUCUUUUAUUUCCCUCUGUUUCUUUGCGUCUUUCUCCUUUCCACGAUCUCUCUAUGCGUUUCUUUUUUUUUUUUAGCCUCGUUGUCAUUUAUUUAUUCUUUUCCUUUUUCUUCACUAUUUCAAAAAACAAAAACACAAAAACAUUCUCCUGCUUGUUUCUUUGCUUCACUCUCCCAUUAUCAAGUUUUUUCUCUUCGAUUUAUUUUUGCAUUUUUCUUUCAUCUAUUUAUGAGCUCACGGAUAGAUCCCGUUGA